CGUGCUUGGUUUAGCUUUCGUUCAUUCUUUCGAUAACUACUAAAAAUCCAUCACUCGCCACACAAUCAAAUGCAACUGCUCCUCCGCCGACCCCUUUCCCCCUCCGUCGUCUCCUCCUUCUUCCUCCGCCGCUCAAUGUCUUCCAAAUCAACCUCCACCGAUCCAAUAAACCCGUCCAACACCCGAAUCGGUUGGAUCGGAACCGGCGUCAUGGGCCGGUCAAUGUGCGGACACCUAAUCAAAGCCGGAUACUCCGUCACCGUCUUCAACCGCACAAUCUCCAAAGCCCAGACUCUUGUCGACAUGGGCGCGAACCUAGCCGACUCGCCGAACUCACUCGCUUCCCAAUCCGACGUCGUUUUCUCCAUCGUCGGCUACCCUUCCGACGUCCGCCGCGUCCUCCUCGAUCCAAGCUCCGGCGCUUUAUCCGGUCUAUCCCGGGGCGGAAUCCUCGUCGACAUGACUACCUCCGAGCCUUCUCUAGCCGAGGAAAUAUCCAAAGCGGCUUCCUCCGUGAACUGCAUCUCAGUCGACGCUCCUGUCUCCGGCGGAGACCUCGGUGCUAAAAACGGGAAGCUUUCGAUCUUCGCCGGAGGAGACGAAACCACCGUGAAGCGUCUAGAUCCGUUGUUUUCGCUAAUGGGGAAAGUCAACUUCAUGGGAGCAAGCGGCAAAGGACAGUUCGCGAAGCUGGCGAAUCAGAUCACGAUCGCUUCGACGAUGCUAGGGCUCGUGGAAGGGAUCAUAUACGCUCAUAAGUCCGGUCUCGAUGUGAGGAAGUUUCUAGAAGCGAUCUCGACGGGAGCUGCGGGUUCGAAGUCGAUAGAUUUGUACGGAGAUAGGAUUCUCAAGAGGGAUUUCGAUCCUGGGUUCUAUGUGAACCAUUUCGUUAAGGACUUAGGGAUUUGUUUGAACGAGUGUCAGAGGAUGGGGUUGGCUUUGCCUGGGCUAGCUCUUGCGCAGCAGCUUUACUUGUCUCUCAAGGCACAUGGUGAAGGUGAUCUUGGAACUCAAGCUCUCAUCUUGGCUCUUGAGCGCCUCAACAAUGUCUCUCUUCAACCAAGUCUCUCUUCUUGAUUGUGUUCUACCAGCCAAAGAUUAUGUGUAAUGUUUCUUAUGUCUUAUGUUUGAUCUGGAGAAAAGAUUCGAACUUUUUGUUGUGUAUCGUUGCUUGAACAUGAACUUUUGCUGGACUGUGUAUUGUCGGUUGGUUGCAAAUA